AUCGAUAUCCAUAGCGGCGUAAGGUACCAACAGCAAGAACCAGCAGCGUAACCGACUUCUUGGAGGGGCACCAGGUGUCCAAGUAAGAGAAAGGCCACCGAUUCUGACCGGUGAGAGGGAAACUGAUACAUUUUUUUUUCGUUGGCUUGUAUCGCGAAAAUUUUGAAUUAUUCGACUCAUUCUGUCAUACUGUCGUGCGCGAUAUCCUGCUCUUGUCUCCGUUGCAGUGCCAGGGGAUUUACGGAUAUUUUUAUUGGUAUCGUACAGCGGGGUGACCGGUGGUGCAGUUGAUAAAGUGUUAAAUUGGAAUCCAAUUUUGGAUAAUUCGUGGAUUUUAGUUGUUUAAAAGGCUAUGGGUUCUAAGCCUAUCAGAAUACUCUAGUCUCCAAGCAAUCAACAACUAAUGCAACUACCGACAUGAAGAUGAAACUUCUUCCACUAUUUCUCCUGUUCUUUUUCAUCCUGUUGACUCAGGCGCAACGAAGGACAACUGCUAAAACCAGUACAGAGCCUAGCACAACAAGAUCGUCCGUAUCACGAGGAAGAGGUCGAUCUAGAUUUGUAACUUCAGUUGAAUACCAAAACGUUAGGGAAACUUCAUCUACUCCAGAAAGCGUCCCCAGAAAGACUGUAACAUCUAGGAGACGAGUUGUAGAAAAUGUUGAGCAACGAUUUCCUUCUCGAUCCGUAUCUACUCCUUCUCCAACUCCUUCUAAGCCAGCUAUUACGUUUACUGUAAACUCAGAAAGAAGAGCCCUGGCUCCAACAUUUGGAGAUACUGUGGAAAAAAUAUUUACAGUGAAUGAAUCUCCAAUUAAGAGAACUUCUAAACCUGCGGCUGUACCACAAAUUUCAGCUAGAAGAACACCCAAACCUUUAACUGAUUAUGUAGAACGGAAAAAUUUUAAAUCAACAAAAAAUACUUACGAAGUUCAAGAAGUUAUUAACGAAGAUUUUGAAUUGGUAAGAAGGGUAAAAAAACCACGGGUACUAAUAGAAAGUACUAAUAAUCAAGUGUCUGUUCCGUUAAGGAGUAUAGAUAGAAAAGAAUUUUUUAGAACAGGAAGUGUUUCUAGAAGAAAUCAAGAAAAUGCAGAUUCAGUACUCGCUACGAAAUUUCCAAAACGUACAAAAGAUACCCAAGAGGGAGUGCUAAAUUUUCCACCGCGCAAAUUAGAAAAUCUAGAACCGCCCAAAUCAACAACCUCGGAAGCACCUGUAAGUGAGGAACCAAUCAACAAUAUUUCUAAUGGUAACCUCCUUGAAGAGCAACCUUUGGAUACGACGCUUGUCCCGGUAGAGUUUGAAUCUUCUCCAGAUCCUCUACAAGCAGAGGAGGUGAAGGAGGAGCUUACUAAUGUUAAUUUAGUUUCCUCAACUUCAAAGCCAAUAGAGGAACCUAGAUCCUCCGCUAACCGAAGAAACGGGUUAAGGAAAAAUACCAACGUUAUUGAACAGUCUACAGCUGCUCCCAGGUUUAGAACUAGAGGUAGAAGUAGUCCAGCCGCUCAAGCAGAGCAGUCCAGUCGUGCACCUGAAUUUAACUUUCAAUCAGUUACGCCAACAGCUACUCCUAACCGCGGGUUUAGGAGACGACUUGAUACAAUAACAGAACCAAGAAAAGGCCCGUCAGUAUUUUCCGCAGAAACACAAUUUCCAGAAUCUCGAUCUAGAACUGGACGAAAAAUUGAUCUACCUACACCUGAAAAACUUACAUUAGAAAUACCCACACGUAAUCGUCGAAGAACAACAACACCUAAAAUCAAUAAAGAAUCCUCAAUGCCCACCUUUCCAUCAAGAAAUCGCUUUCGAUCCAGAGAAAUGCCUAUAAUAGACGAACAGAAACUAGAAGUACUACCUCUGUUUGAAGUAGAACCCAAAUUGGUCAACACACGUGUCAUGAAUAGGGCAGAUGUUGUUUUUCAACCUAAAAAGAGUAAAGAUAAAGAUGAGCUAAUGACAAGAAAGAUAAACGAUAUUGAUGCGAGAUCUCGACGAAGGGGAGGAUUAGAACUCAUUCAAGCAAGUUCUACUGAAAUAAAAUCAACAGAAAUUCCAGCAAGGUCUAGAGUAGCAGUAAGUGUCAGUGUAGAAACCAGGACAGAAUCCUCGGUAAGGCGUUCUAUACCUAACAGGAGGUCUGAAGUUAAAGAAUCAGUUGUAUCGGAAAUAAAUGAAGUCACUUCUCGUAAAAAGGUAUCACGGAAGAAAGUAAAUUCCAACAGUUCAAACGAAAUUAAAAUAAAACCUCUUCCGGUGUACAGAGGAAGCAAGAAAUCCGAUGUUGUAGUUAAAAAAGGAAGUUCUGAAGAAGUUGAUGAGUCUGAUAAUUAUCCAGAAGCGUUCAAGGCUCUAAUUAAAUCCAAAAAGGAGUCAAGACCAGUGCCUUCUUCAUUACCACUUAGAGCCAGCAAUGUCGUGACUUCGGUACCAUCGUUUAGUACCACGUUUCAUCCAUCAACUUUUAAAGAGGUAACCGAUAGUGACAACGAAAUAAAACCUAAAGCUUUACCCACGUCAACUUCUUCACGAUGGAACCGAAGUAGAUCUACAACCACCUCUUCUGUUAAACUAUCAGAGCCCUUACCGCCAAAACGUUUUCCUUCCAGAACCUCACCAUACACUACUUCAGAGCCUAUUUCCGAAAAACGGUUUCCUUCACGAACCACACCAUCUGUAUCUAUUUCCACCACUCCCAUUUAUAGAGGGACGAAGCUAAGAACAUUAACACCAAGAACCUUUAGUGCACCUCCAAAACUAGAGAAAUCAGUAUCGUUCAAACCUAGAAGCUCCGUCGCUGAGAAGAAUAUAGAGAUUAAACAGUUUAAUAGGAACAGGAAUGCUAAGAGAGCUGAAAAUCCUGUUUUAUUGUCUACUAAGGUACCGAAAUAUACAACCACUGCUAAAAAGCUUGACCGUGGUAAAUACAGAAGUGAAUACUCAAGCAGGGGUUCUACUACCACAGCGCCCAAGUAUAUUCCAACCAUUCCCUCGGUGCCAUAUAUACCGACAAUUCCUGCUAUCACUCCUGUAAGAACUAUGGUCGAUACAUCUAACCAAAAGGACCACGACGAUGGAAUCCACGUAAUAUCUAUCGAUGAACCUGUUAAUGCCCUUCAGUCAGCAAAUCUUGUCAAGGGGGAUUUUGUAUCCUCAACUGCUAACUCCGUUUCUGAUAUUUUGCCAUUGGUUAAUGAUGGCACCACCGAAAAGACAGUCUCCAUUAUUGAACGAAUAAUAAAUUCAAUCAGCGCAAGAUCCACCACCCCGCCAUCUUCGGGCACCCCUUUUAGUAGUACAGCAUCGACAACAGAAUCCCCAUCAGCGAUAUUAAAAUUAUCGCCAAAAAAAUCUAGACAGACUGAUUUAACAGAUUCGUCAAAAACAACAGAAUCUAAUGACACCGUUCCGUUUACAACGGAAAAUCCCACGACAAUAAUAGAGAAGAUAUUAAGUUCCCUUAAUGCUAUUCAAGCUACAGAUAUUACGAGUGCCGGGCAAGUAGGUAUCGAUUUCAAUACUUUGACCUCUUUCACUACCACGCCUGUAUCUAGUGUGACUAAGUCUUCCACUAGCAGACCACUUCUUGCACCUAGUAGCACUACAAUCUUUCCACUUAGUAUUUUAGAUGAACUUUCUGAGGAAAAUAAGCAGAAAGAAACUGUACGUAAAUUGUUGGAUCUCUUAAAUGGUUUGGUAUCACCGCAACAACAAGAAGUUGUUGUUACUCCAAAAUAUGUAAAUAAUAGAACUCCUGGUAGAGGACCUUUUGUUUCUACUACUUUCUUUCCUUUAUCAACUGCAUCUCCUGAGUUGACUACUGCACCCACUGUCUCAUCUUCCACUAGCACUGAACAGAUAUCUUCUAAUUUUAUUUUAUCUGAAAAUACUUCUCCUCAAAUUGUUUCUGAAAUACCUAAUACAACUGAAACAACAGUUACCAUCUCCACUUCCACUGAAGUAAUUCCUACAGUUGAUUCUCAAUCUACUACAUCUUUGGAAGAAUUAGCAUCUACAGAAAGUGCAACAUCAAAUACGGAGAUUGUUAAUAGUUCUGUAAAUACUAUAAUAGAAAAUAUUGCUACUAAUAGCGAUUCUCCUUCUACUAUUGGAACUACUACAGAAAACUUUACUCCAUCGAUUCCUGCUGGCACUGAAUUCGGUACUAUCCCUAUAGACGUUAGUAGUUUCUUUACUACAUUCACCACGCCAUCUUCUUUCCAAAGAUUUGAAGUGAGUCCUGGAAGUGUUUCUGUUUUUUCUGCUAACGACCUUUCUCUUAACACAGUAACAUUAGAAGAUAUUAUUUCCACUACUGUAGUAAAUAUAGCUGGUAGAUCCAAUUUUGAUAACGCAGCUACUACUACAAGUGCCACUACUAAAGAAGCUACUAAAGAAAAUACAUUAGAGAUCACAACUGUGGGAAUAACUACUGAACCUUCACCUCAAACCAGCAGUGAUUCUAUGUCAACUAGUACUGAAAUUGUAAAUAGUAGUAAUUCUACGUCAAGUAUUACUGAAACUGUGAACUCUACUGAUCCUAUGUCUAGUAGUACUGAAACUUUGAGUAGUAGUGGUCCUAUGUCAAGUAGUACUGAAUCUAUGAGUAGUGGUUCUAUGUCAAAUAGUACUGAUGCUUUGAACAGUAGUGGGUAUAUGUCAAGUAGUACUGAAACUGUAAAUAACACUCAAACUAAUGGUACCAGAUCCAGUAAAAAACUAAAUUUCAUUCAAGAACCUGUACAGAAUAGAAUCGAUACAUCAACUCCUGACUACUUCAUCUUUGCUGUACUUAACAAUAACACUAUCUUACGUAAGAGGCCAAAGGUAGAACCUAAUGCUCCAUUUUAUGUUAUUGGUGUGUAUCCUAACAACACUGUCGUAAAGAAAUUCCCAAAUGGAACUGAGGUUCCCAUGGAUAUGAUAAUAAGGGUAAGGGGAUUCGAUACACGUGAAAACCCUCCACCUUUGCCAGAAAUAACCAGUAACCAAGUAACAAGCGACCUUGGAAGCUCCCCGGAAAAUAUAAAUAUAAACACGGAUGAUCAGAAUACUAUUCCUUCUGUAGAUGUGAAAUCAAAUAGAGUAGCUGCCAGCACAACUCAAGCGACUACCUCCUCUACAAAAGCACAAACUACCAUAACCCAAUCUCCUAUUACCACUACAGAAGCGAAAAGUAGAACUACUUUGUCCGAAAUUAGCACCACUACACCACCUAUAACUUCUACCUCUACCGUAACACCAAGUAACACACAAACUACUAUUAUGUCUAAAGCAGAACCCACAACUAUUCCUUCGACUAUACCUUUAGAAACCUCAAACACCUCGUCUCUUCCUUUCAGCACAGAACAAAGUAGUACUACUUCAACUUCCACUUUACCUUCUACUACUGUCUUGAAUUCUAACACCGUUACUUUACCUCAAGAUAGUAUUAAUGCCAGCACAUUGGAUCUAGAAAGCACAAAAUUAACUGCCACUGAAAGUAGUACCAAUACUCUAAGCACAAGUGACUCUAGCACGGCUGAACCUGAUUUGGUGGUAGUAGAAUCUAUUACUGUUCUUAGUACUACUAUGGGAAGUAAUAGUGUCCCUCCGACGUUCCCAACGCUAUCUGAAAUCUUGAACGACAAAACUUUAGAGGCUUUCAAUGAGAUUGUUAGUAAUAGCGACCAAGUAAACACGAAUAUUUCUAACCAGACUGACAAUGGUCGGGUGAGCAAGUAUAUUAAAGUACUGAACAUUCAAGACUUGAUAAAAGGUAGAAACAGUGAAGCGCGUUCAAGAGGGAAACCGAUUUCAAUCAAGGUUGGCACAACUAUACCAAUUUCUAAUGAAAUUGUAAGCACCGAGUCUUCUUCUACAAUAAAAAGUACAAUGUCUACAGAACAAGCCAUAAGCACCACCACCAACACUGUCACAUCAACUACAAGCACUCCUGAGGUUACUCCAUUAAAGUCAGAAGAAACUUCUACCGAAGACAACGCAAUCCUAUCAAACAAAAUCUUGGAUGAUACAACAUUGCCUGCAAAACCGACUCCAUUUUCAGCAAUUCAAAAAAUAGGCACAACAAGAAAACUAACACCUACCACCAUUACUCCUAUAUUUAUAAGUACGACUCCGUCAGUCUUUCCAACAUUUUUAACGACGUUCUUCCCAAAUUUGUUUCCUGACGAAGCAACUAGAAAGCCUAAAGUAUCAACGAGUUCACCAGGUGUAAUUAGAAUAUCAGCUGCUCCUUCGGUAACUCAAACUACUUUUACUGAAAGACCUGUUACAACUACACAAGCAGUUACUACAACUAGACCUACCACAACUACUACAACUACUACCACAACAACCAAUGCACCAACUACCACUACCAGACCACCCACGACAACGAAAAUAGUAACCACGACUACUCCAGCAACUACAAUUACUACUCCAUCAACAACACCAAAACCAACUACAACUACUACCAUUCCUACAACACCACAACCAACUACGACUACAAGGAUGACCACUUCCCCAACACGAGUUACUCUUGGUGAAACAGUUACGGUUUCUACGACAGGAAGAACUGAUGCAAUUACUGAUUUUAAUACUAUAGAAGUUACCACCACCGCCAUUAAGCUUAAAGGAUUGUCAUCAGAACAAAAAAAUAAUCUUAGAGAGAUAGCGCAACUAGAGAAGGAACAAGCAGCAUUGUUACAGCAGUUGUCAUUUUUAACGAAUCUGGGUUUGGGUCAAAAUAGAGGACCAAAGUCAGUAGCUAACGACAAAACCAAAAAUUCAAACGCCAAUCCUGCUUCCAGUUUAGCAGAAAGGAUUCUUGCUUUAGCAGUUCAAAGAGAUAAAAAUUCAAAAUCUACGUCAACAGUUGCUACAACUGUUACAACCAGUUCUACUACUAAGCUUCCUACCUCAAUACAGGAUCAAAUAGCAGCCCUGGAAACUACAAAAGCACCUACAAAAGCAACACCUGUUUUAGAAGAAGUUCUAAAGCAGUAUAAUUUGAAUGGUCUAAAUGUUGCUGUAACUUCACCAACGUCAACUGUUUAUGGAAAGUCUGAAGAUGCAAUAUUGGCUUCACUUUUAAAAGAACAAGGAAUUGUACCAUCGACACCAGCAGUGUUAGCAGGCGUUUUUGACGAAACUACCAUUAGACCCCGACGACCCAAAGCCACCACUCCUCAACCUGGACCAAUAAUGCGAGGUUUAAAUUGGUUACUCAAUACUCUUGCACCAACACCGGCUCCCGCAACAAAAAGACCUACACCCAAACCUGUGAAACCAAAUAAACCACCUGUAGAAGAAGAACUUUUGGUUAAUUCCCCAACUCACAUGACUCCUAUCGCCACAGCUGCUCCUUCUAAAAUUGCUAACGCGCUCAGUCAAGAGGAUAUUAAGAAACUGAUCAAUCAACUAGAAGACAUACAGAAGAAUCCAUCUAAAGGAACAUUGGAUUUAUCACAAAUCAAAAGCAUUCAAAACCUAAUUAAUUUAGACGGAGGUGUUGUCGUGAGCACCAACGGUGAACAUGGUACCACAUCGAGAAUAACAACUACACAAUCUACAACUCCUACUGUCCAAACUACACAAAGACAACCUAAAAAAAUGGUGACUCUACCUACUGAAGAUCCGUUGUCAGCUAUAAGUAGCAGUGAAGAUGGCUUUGGUUUUGACUCUGUAGAAAGUACUACUAGGACACUAAGAGCACCUGUAGGUUUUAAUCCGGUACCAGGAGUCGAUGAUGGUAGUCCUAAUCCCUUGGUACAGAGCAAUUUGAUAACUGCAGCUGUUAAUGUUACCAAAGCCAUUUCUAACUUUUUGGGAACAGCUUUACAGACUGUUUCUCAGGGAGCUGCAGCGUCUUUCCAAACCCUCUUUGGUGUUUCAUCAGUGGGAACGAGAGUCCUAGGUAGCGCAUCAGGAGGAUCUUCAGCAGGUUGAAGAAAAAGAUGAAGCUGUUAGGAAAGAUUUAUUUAUUUAUUAAAUUUCAAAAGAGGGCAAGUUGAAUAUUCUGUGAAAAUUAUUCAUUAUUAUUAUAUUGGCUCAAAUAUAUUUAUUGGUGAUUAACAAUAUUCACCACUUUAUAGGCAUUUAAAAGUAUGAUGCAAGUCAAGAAGGCGGUUUAGUCUCAUUUUAAUAAGUUUAUCUGUUUAAUUAUCUUACUUGAACAAUUUAUACAAAUUGUACAUGCCAUUAAACGUACUACCAAUAUUUUACACUUCUUCUCAGUUCUAACAAGGUCUUGAUUUUCUCUAAAUGUCUUAAUCUUAUAUCUAUAAUGAUGCGAACAAUGAGUACAAAUCACAAGCAGCUUUGGUUUUAUCUCACAACAGCUCACGCAUUUAUGUAAAUACAGUCAGAAACAUUUAAACUAUUUAAAUACUAGCGACUAUUAUACCUCUAUUGUAAAUUUUUUUGUAUAAACAAAUAAUUGAUUUUAUUAAUAUAGAAGCUGUAUAAGAACUUGUAAAUAUUACAGGGUCCAUCACUGAAAAACUGUUGGUAAAUCCGACACAAGUCCUUACUUUACGAGCCUUACAAACUUUCCAGAAACGCAUUUCUCCCUCAUACAUCUCCAUAGCUAUUGUACAGUUCCCUUUUCUUCUCGCCGUAUUUAUCUAUUAGCUGUAUUAAAGCAAACAAGACAUCUGUUCAUACAACUGUGCACACGAUAUUUUCUUAGCAGUAGCUAUAGCUCACUUUGCUUUUCUCUUUGGUACCUUGUGUACCUACGUCCUUAUCUUCCUUUAUUUUAAACCUGUCAUACUUUUAUUUAACCUCUUUCUUCUCUCAACUUUCUGUUGCAUUUCAUUAUUCCACCACCUAGUUUCUUUGUCCCCAAGAGACGCUUUACCAAAUGUUUUUCCUAGUACCUCUUCUCUCACUCGUACCACAACUUUGUUGUUUUUUCCACCAGUCAUUUACCGUAUCUUUUUCAUCAAGCUCUUCCAGCACUUCACAUUUUUGAAUACUCUUAAAUUGCUCUGUAUAUUGGUCUAAAGAAACCCAUACUUUACAUUAUUAAAAUUACAGGAUUACAUUUUUAAGAUUUACAUUAAUACUUUAACAAUAUUAAGAUUUUCAGAAAUAAACAAAUGCAUAUUAAUAUUACUUUAAAAUGCAGUUUUCAUUAAAAGGCUUCUCACUCUCACUCAAUUUAUCACAUAAUCUAUCAGAUAUCUCUAUAAUUCUUUUCUCCUUUCUGUUAUAUUUACUAAUAAUUUCACUUGUAAAUUGUAUGCAUAGUGUUAAAAUACAAUUUUAGAUAUAUGUAUUAUAAAUUAUAUAAUUAAAAUUUUUAAACUUUUGAUUCAUCAUAAUAAUAAUACGAUGAAUAUAAUAUUAUAUUCUGUUCAGAGCUUACCCGAAAACUUUUUAAAUUGCGCGUAUUUAGAAUAUUAUUAUAGAUAUGGUGUUAAUUUUCAAACCAAAUAUUUUUACUUCUUGUGUUAUGUUCUUUUUGAUUCUUUGCAGUUCCCUUUUUCUGUUACUGUUAUUGUUAAAUUUUCUGCAACACGUAAAUAAAUACUGCUCUUUGUUUUUAUACCGUGGUUCUUUGAUCAUGAUAACAUCAUAGAAUGUGGUUUAUUUAUUUAUUUAUUUAUUUAUUUAGUCUAUUUAUUGUCAAAUUUCUUAUUCGACUCUAUAUAAAAACGUCUUCUGUUUGUGUCUUUUGAAACGUUGCAUAUAUAUUGUUUUAGUUUAUUUUUAUUACAUUGUCACCAUUCUCUCCUGAAUGUUUCAACAUUUUCUUAGGUAUUUAUCUUUUGCUAUGUUAUAUUAAUUUUAUAUUGUGUGUUCUUGUUUUCAUUCCCUCUGUUUUUUUAUAUUUAUUUAGCCUUUAACAGAUCUGUAAUCAUUGUAAGAAAAUGUAUGUUGUCAUAAUAUAAUACGACUUGAAUUGCAUCAGAUUAAUGUUGGAGGUAACUGGAUUUGCUAUUUUUAACUAAACAUUUUUAUUUGGAGAAUGAGAGUGCCUAAUUUUAUUAAUGGAUAAUUUUUAUCAGGAUAUGGUACGAAUGUUCCUUACGGUUGUAGGUUCUUAUAUAAAUUCAGGUGCCACGUGUAUAUAGGCUUUAAAUCUUUGAAAAAAUAAUAAUAUUUUUGAUGACUGUUAAGUAAAUUAUUAUUUUUGUAAAUAAAAUAGACUUUUAGAAACGAUAUUUGCUCUAAACACACGUAGUUUUUAAAUAUUUUAAAAUUUAUAAAUUGUCUAAACUUAUUUACUUUUUAGUAUUUAUCUUCAUUUGAAAAAUUUAUUUACCAAAAUUUGAAAUAAACCAGUCGAUAUAAAAUACUCGAAAAGUUAGUGCUAAUGUUGGCUUGUAUAUAUUAUGUUAUUUUAAUAUAUUUUUUACCAUUAUAAA